AGAGACUUGAAAACAGUUUUAAUACUUUUAGUGAUCAACAGAAGUGAUUGUUGUCUGAAAAAAGCCAAUGAAUAAUAAUCACAACCACUGAUACCCAAACCGUUUCAAUGCGUUUCUCGACUUAUCUUUUUAUUGUAAUUCUUUGUCUAAUAGUUUUAAAUUCAAUGAUUGAGGGAAAGAGAGGCCGCGGCUCCAGAAGAAGAGGUCGAAUGCGAAAACAGGGUUCCUCUCGAUUCCUCUUCUAUACUAAUCCCAGAAGGAAAGAGUAUUACGACAAUCCAAAUGGCGCUCAGAUUAUACAGGCAUCACAUUUCGACUAUGAGUUCUAUUUAGGACAUAAAGUGAGUCCAAACCACUUCUUCUUAGACAUCAUUUCAUUGCAUUAUCUCAUCUCUAGAUUGUAUUCAUAUGUGUAUCAACUGGUGAUCCGGAUUACGUGGUUCAAGGAUAGCAUUGAAUUAGACCCUCAUUUGCAUCCAUACCUUCAAAUAUCUGAAUGGAAAUACGGAAAAGACAAGAUUAAAAGCAAACUAGAGAUUGACCCAGCUAGACAAAUGGACAGUGGCACAUAUGAAUGCAUGCUCUAUUUACUUCUCCAGAAUUGA